AUGGAAAAUGUGAAGGAUGUCGAACUUCGAGAUCUUGGCACUUGCUUAAUAAUAUGGCGGAGGUCAUCGCGGCCAGCGACGAAACCUCACCCCUGGCCAACGCUCCACCAAGGAACACUAUCACCGGACAUAUGCCACCGCAAGCGAGCUGGCCAUCGUUUCGCGGAGGUUGCGAAUGUUGUUGAGACACUUCGUCAGCGAGAAAAUGCCAUGAAGAAACCCGCCCACGGGCUAGAGAUGGGCGUCAGAUCCGUCUGCCUGCCCCUCGGUGGUCUUAUCAAUCCAUCUAGCAUCCCUCCUACCUGCCGUGCCGUCUUCAAAGUGCAUACCAGCAAUAACAUCACUCCGCAGGGUCUGGAGCAGUUCGUUGCCUGGACUGAAACAAUCCCACCAAGUGCUGGUAUUUUCCUUGAGGGUGUUUUUGAACCUGGAAGUAUGUGCAUAAUUUUGAGCUCAGCAUACGCAGUGUACUCGAAGCUUGCCGGAAUCAGGGGCUACAGGCUAGUCACUGAAACUUCCGGGCGUAAUCUUCUCACUCGCAACAAGCCCGCUGUACCCUAUUCACCACCAUCGAAGGAGGCUGUACCUUAUUCACCGCCAUCGAAGGAGAAUGCUCCGUUAGCUCAGCCAGUGCUCUUUUCUCCUGGUAUGGAACGGAGCAAUGAGGAUGGGGGGGGGUUUCCCUAUGCUACCGUUAUUUUGUUUCCUGUUAUCCUUUGUCAACCUUCAGGGUGCCUGCCUACGAACCAAAUCAGUCCCAAUUCGUCACUAGGCGGCUUAUCCUGCUUAGAAGUUAGGAGUGCAAAUCGCUAA